GCAGCCUUUAUUGGACAGCUGGAAUGCUACGGAAGUGUUUCCGUGCGUGCGGCCCUGUAGCUCCCUGUCCCCGGUGUGCGACUUGACAAUUUUGGCUAAAAACAGGUGGAUGACAACCAUUUCCAUUGCAUGCAGUUAGGUAUCACUUUCGCUGAUUGUAGUCAGAGAUGGGAGCGAACAAUAGCAGGCGCCGCGUCUCCUUUGAGUCGGAUGAAAAUGACAACAUCACAGUUGUGAAGGGCAUAAGGCUCUCUGAGAAUGUCAUCAACCGAAUGAGGGAGCCCAUAGCUCCCCUUCUUCCCCCCUCCCUUCCACAGGUCCCACCCCCUGUUGCUGCUCCCUCCUCCCUCCUCAUUCCAGUGCCUCCCCUCAGACCCCCCUUCGAUCCCAUCACCUCGCUUCCACCCAUAGAACCCAUCGCACUACCACCUCAACCUCCUGCACCUGUCACUGAAGUAGUGGCUCCACCUCCACCCCCCAUGGAACAGGUAGCAGCUCCGACCAUCAUUGACAUGGUGAUCCCGCCUCCUACCUUAGCUGCUUUAAAGCCUGUGGCAUCCCCUCCACCACCUGCAUCUGUUGAGCAGCCUACAGUCAAACCCAUCGCUCUGCCUCCUCCCCCAGCUGAAUUCAUUGCUCCUACCCCUUGUGAACCCAUUGCCCCUCCUCCUCAGCCCCCAGUGGAAGCUUUUGCUCCUCCUCCCGCCCCAGAACCAGUGGAAGUUGUUGGCCCCCCUCUUCCUCCUCCCACCCCAGAGCCAGAACCAGUGGCGGUAGCACCGCCAGCAGCACAUGCAGGUGAGUUCUACUAUGGCGUACAGACAUCUCCUUUCUGUGUUUACAAACAUUGCCGCACGCAAGUUGGUGGCAGAACAAGGGGGAGUUGUUAAAGAACGGCAGCAGAA